AUGUCCCUCGCUUCGGUGUUUUUCGUCCGUCGGUUCCGCGUCGUCCGCUCAGGAGCCGGUUCGAGCGGGCUCUGUGGCGCUUGGGCUUCGACGCUGGCGGCCCCCUCCCACUCCGGCGGCGCCCCUCUACACGAGCAUCCGUGGUCCUUUUCUUUCCCCUCCGGAUCCGCUCCUCCCUGGCCGGCGCAAGCAGAAGGCUCUGGCGGCACGAUUGGUGGCCGCCGGCGGCUCUCCCAGGCUUCGUCGCCAGUGCAGGACGGCCCCUCUACAAGAGCAUCCACGAUCCUCUUCUUCCCCUCUCCGGACCUGCUCCUCCCUGGCCGGCGCAAGCAGAAGACUCCGGCGGCGCGACUGGUGGCCGCUAGUUCCUCACCCGGGCUUCGUCGCUCCGGACGUUUUGGUCCGCACCCCCGCACCAAUCUAGAUCACCAACCAUGGUAUUCGGAGCUCUCAUCGCGUCAAGGAUGGCCAGGUCCAGCCGCACCCUCGCCUCUGCCGUUGCCUAGGGUGAACGGUGCCUCCUCUGUUGUCCAGGCUUGGAGCUGUAGCUUGUGCUUAGCACAAAGCUGCUGGCGGCGGCAGCACAAAGCAAGGCAGAUUGUUCUGGAACAGAGAGUAAUAGAUGCUGCUAGCUUAAAGAUACAGAAAGUGGCAGAGCAUUCAGGUAGAGCUGUACAUCUGGAGCCAUCUACCUCGGCCACUGUAAGCUUUUGCUCACAGUUGCUAGACUUGAGUGGCAUUUUCACUGUGUUUUUUUGUGGUAUUGUGAUGUCACACUACACUUGGCAUAAUGUGACAAAGAGCUCAAGAGUGACAACCAAGCAUGCCUUUGCAACUUUGUCCUUCAUUGCUGAGAUGUUCCUUUUCAUGUAUGUUGGUAUGGAUGCGUUUGAUAUCGAAAAGAGGGAGUUUGCCAGUAACAGAUGUUCAUCGGUGAUGGAGCCAAGCUUGUUCGAGAUGCUUUUCAGCUGGCCAAGGAGAAAACCCUCUGCAUCAUAUUUUAUUGAUGAAAUUGAUGCUAUUGGAACAAAGCGUUUUUCAUCUAUCUUCUGGCGCAAGAAGCGAAUGCUUGUAGGACAAGACUACCAAGCAUUGUAAAAUAUUUUCUUUGGUGCAUCACAUGCAAAAAAAAUAGGAUAGAUGUGGCAUUUGGAUGACCUGUUUUAUAUUUAUUUCACGAAUUCAAUCUUAGAUGAUAUACUUAUUUCAUAUUUAUACAUGUUUUAUACUUUUAUUA